AUGGCUGAAUAUCAGCCAUUAAAUACUCGUCUUUCUGAUGAUUUUCUGACGUCCAAGGCAAAUAGUCGUCUGACAAUUCUUGCUCUCAUAAAUUGCUUUAAGAUAACGGAUGAUGGGCUUCUACAAAUCAUUGCCAGUAAUCCUCAUAUCAGCAAGCUCUAUUUACGAGGGUGCACAGGCUUAACCAUUGAGGGAGUACUUGGAGCAGUGAAGUUACUUACCAAGGGUAACUACAACUUAACGAGCUUAAGUAUUUCUGGCAUCUAUAAUGUGAAGAGAGAGGACUUUGAGACACUUGGUCAUCUAAUGGGUAUAAACCAGAUGCAAAAGAAAGAAGGAACAAAGAACUUGUACCACAGGCGAAACGAACCAUCCAAUUUUAGACUAGAAUCUCAGCCUUCAAUCGACGUAGAUAUCUGUCCGAAAUGUGGCGAAGUAAGAGAAAUCUUUGACUGUCCUAGAAAUCUUGUAAAGCAGCUUAUAGAGUGCAGGGGCUGCUUCCUGUGUCUCCCGAGGUGUGAAGAGUGUGGUGUAUGCACCAAAGAUGAAGAAGAAGUAGGUGAAGCAGCUUGUGCAGAUAUACUGUGCUUGGAUUGUUGGCUUCAGCUUCCAAAAUGUAGUUUCUGUAACAAGGCAUACUGCAAUCAACAUGCUUACCAGCAGUCCCUAUAUCCCGACUCUUCAGGUUUUCUGUGCAGUGAUUGUAAAUUUCAUGCAACACAAACUUCACAUGAUUGA